AUGGCGGCGGAGCGCUUGGCCUUCUUCUUCCAGUCUUUAGCAUGGAUCCAGGACCCUGGUGGUGGCAUCACCUUUCGCGCCGAGACGGACGCGCUCACGGCCGGGAUGUUUGAUCCGGGCACCGUGCCGUCAUUGACGCAGAUCAUCCCAGCGUACAACGAGGUGGUGAUCCCCUCUGUGGACUUCCUCCGCGCAGGCGCUCUGCCCGAGGACGCAAUGAAUCAAAGUCCGGACGAUCAGCACGGCAUCGGCGACCUCACCGCGCCGCCGCUGGGCGACGGCGUGAACCCGAACCUCGCCUUCAUCAUUUCCCAGUUCCCCGAAGAGUGGAUGUUCCUCGCGAAGAGGCUCUUCCAUGAAGGUCUCAUCGAACAGCCGAACUCCCACGAACUCUACAAGAGCUUCAUGAAGCGAAAGUUGAGGGAUGGACUCGUCCUGGAGGUGAGAUUAUGGGCGGCCAUGCGGACGCAGACGGUGGCGAAAACCGUGGUCGGAGCAUUGCAAUACGCGCGCGCGUUAGCGUCGCUGCCAAAGAUGAAGCAGUACUACGCGCAAUUUCCCGAAAAGCGCAAUCCAGAGGAUCACUCUGAGUUGAUCCUGGCGCAUCAAUCCUUCGGAAUGAAAGCACCUGAGGGCAGCCCCGAGAACGAUGAAGCGGUCAGGCUGUUGCUUUCCAGGCAUGCCAAUGACCCAGUUUUCCUAGUCUUUGACCUUACUCCUGCAACUUCAGAAGAUGUUUGGUACAUGGUGGAGGCGUUCCUCACCCGAAGAGGUGGAUACCAACUUGGAGCCUUCAGCUACGCCAGCGUGAAGUGCAGGUGGGAUUCAGCUUUGGGAGACCUGUCAGUGCUGGAGGUCCUGCCCAGGAAGUACCCGCUGCGGCUAGGCCAGGGUGAGUACAAGACCCAGGGUAAGGCAUGCAAUCAGCUGAAUGCGAUUCGCUUUGCCUCGGGGCACUACAUCCAGGCCUUGGAUUGCAACAUGGGCACCUUCAAGGGAGAAGGCUUCAAGGUUCCCUAUGUCCUACGGCUGUUUAUGCCUUUGGACAAGAAGAACCGCGUCGCCACGCAGUGCCGCUUCUUGGGCUUUCGGGAGCACAUCUACACCGCCCGCGAAGGGACGGUCGGGAAGUGCCACGCGGCGGCGGAGUGGACCUUCGGGACCAUCUACCAACGCUUCCUGAGCGGCAUGGGCACUCGAAUGCACUACGGCCAUCCCGAUUUUGUCGAUGGAUUUUGGGCCAGAAACCGUGGAGGAAUGAGUAAAGGCUCUCCUGUCGUGAACCUUAGUGAGGACAUUUUUGCAGGCAGGGUGGGUGACAGACGGUCGCUGGAUGUGGUAUUGACGAGUGUACGCAGGUGCCAAGGGCCGUUGUUGAAUGAGAGCAGUAGUUACAACGUCCACAUGCGUGAGGAAGCGUCACCGCACGUGGACGCCCUUGAAUUCGAGAAAGGCAGAGAGGCAGCGUUCAACGCAGCGUCCGCCUUCUUCGCGAAGAUCUCCGGCGGAAGCGUCGGGAUCCUCCGGUCAAGAGACAACCAUUUGCUCUGUGAAAGGAUUGGAAUUCUGCACUCGUUGUCGUUUUACUUCACCUCCGUUGCGUUCUAUGUGAGCAACUUGUUGAUUGACAUUUCGAUCACUCUUUAUGUCACGCUUUUCAUCGUCUUCACUCUGGCCAAUAUCGACCUGACCAAGCUCUCGGCUUUGGGCUCUUCCUUUAGUUCCGAGUGGCUCUUGUCCCUCGGGAUCAUGAGUCUUUUUCCUCAGCUUUUCGAGAUGAUCCUGGAGCCUCGUGGCAGCAGAGUCACAGAAAUUCACUCCUUCCUGCACAAGCAUGACUUGAAAGGGUGGAAGCUUGGAGUUGGCAGCCAGGGUUCUUCCAAGCUUUAUUGUAAGCAGUUUGCAACCUGCAAGCUGACACUGCAGCGCCUCCUGGAUAGUGGACUCUGCAUCAAGAAGAAGCAGGUCGAGCUUGCUCUUUCCCUCACAGCGGACAAUCACAAGCAAGUUCGUGAAGCAAUAUCAGAGUUGAAUGGAUACCAAACACGGUACCAGCGUCUUGACGACAAAGGCGUCGAACGCGCCAAGGAAAUUAUCAGGGUGGGGCAGCAAUUGCGCAAUGCAUCCUCUGAACAAAAGCUCGAGAUGCUCCGAGUGAAGCUCGAAGGUCUUCGUGAAGAGCACGCGCUACAAAACUCGAUCACCAAGUGCUGCCGCCUCCGCCGACACAUCCGUGAAUCACUUCAAGAUGGAGGCACUGGCCAGUUGCGGUUGCAGCUAAGCCAGACCUUGGACUCUGCAAAAGUGCUGAUGCGUUUCUGUGACCGUUUGGGUGGUGGCAUUUAUAACGAAAAGUGCAAAACAGGAGCGCGCAAGGCAGUGCUCCAAUGGACAGCUUCAGGCAAAACCAUGCAACACGCAGCAAAUGUGCUAUGCAGCAUUCCUUCAGCGCAAGGUCCGCGACUCGAAAUAGCAGCCAAGGGCAACGUUGCAAAGGCAGAUCGAUCUCAGGUGGCACAUGUGUUGAAUUUGCUCAAGCAACAAGGGCACCAGCCUGGGAAUUUCCAGUGCUCUUGGACUUACUUUUCCGUUUUUUUGAUGCAGAGGGAUCAAUUUCGGUUGCUGGGUCUUCGUGCACAUUACGCAUGGAAAUUAACCAGAAGAUACCCUUUGUGCUGGAGGAGCUUCAUUUCUUCCUGCGCAAAAAAUGAUCUGAACAAAUGGACACUCAAGCAUCUCAGCAGUGGAUACUACAAACUUCGCUGCGUGGACACUGCCACUUGCAAGCUGACUUUGCAGCGCUUGCUGAAAUGUGGGCUCGAUGUCAAGAAGAAGCAGGCGGCCCUUGCUUUGUCCCUCACACCAGACAAUCACAAGCAAGUUCGUGAAGCAAUACAUGAGUUGAAUGGAUACCAAACACGGUACCAGCGUCUUGACGACAAAGGCGUCGAACGUGCCAAGGACAUCCAAAGGGUGGGAAACCAAUUGCGCAAUGCAUCCUCUCAACAAAAGCUCGAGACGCUCCGUGUGAAGCUUGGAGACCUUCGUGAAGAGCACACGCUGCAGAACUUGGUCACCAAGUGCCGCCGCCUACGUCGACACAUCCGUCAAUCACUUCAAGAAGGAGGUGUCAUGAUGCCGAUCCGACAGAGUCGCAUCGGCUGA